CAUUUUUUUCACACACAAAAAAAAAAAAAAACAAUCGUAUAGAGGGCAAAAAGAGUCAUCAUGCAGCCUCAAUACAACGAUGGGAAGCCUCAGGCUGAAGCCGAGUGGUCCACUGGCUUCUGCGAUUGCUUCUCCGAUUGCUCAAACUGUUGCAUAACAUGCUGGUGUCCCUGCAUUACCUUCGGCGAAGUUGCCGAGAUUGUAGACCGUGGAUCUACCUCAUGUGGGGCGAGUGGAGCACUAUACGCAUUGGUAGCAUGCAUCACUGGAUGCGGAUGCAUAUAUUCAUGCUUCUAUCGGACAAAGAUGAGGAAGCAAUACAACAUCAGCGGGAGUCAGUGCGGAGAUUGCCUGUCCCAUUUCUUCUGCGAGCUCUGCGCCCUCACCCAAGAGUAUCGCGAGCUCAAGUCCCGUGGCUUCGACCUUCCCCUCGGAUGGCAAGGAAACGUAGAGCGACAGAAUCAGGGCAUCGCCAUGGGAGCUCCAGCCGUGCAGGGCGGCAUGACUCGAUGAAGUACACACACUACCUAUAUACAUAUACAUAUAUAUAUAGUAAUUAUCUUUGUUGUUAUAUAUAUAUAUAUAUAUAUAUAUAUGUAUGUAUGUAUGAAAUAAAAGGGGUUCUUCUCACCCUUGUGUGAUUUGAGUAUGUAUGCAUGUGAAAGAUUAAAAAGGUAUGUAUUGUGUGUUUUUAUUU